AUGAUUCGAACUAUUGAGAAAACUGAAGAUACACCUUCUCGUACACGAUUUUUACAAUUAACAAAUAGCGAUCUAAAUACUUUGUAUUGUCCAUGUUCGAACCAUGCUAUUACAUACAGUACAUUUGUUACAACUGAAGUUAUUUUUCAUCAAGUUUGUUCAAGUGAAUUUAUUGAACAAAUAUGGAUUGAUAAGUUAUUUACAAAUGAAAACAUUUCAUUUGAAUCUACAGAAGAUUUUCGUGUUACUUUGAGUUUCUUUUGGCAAAUCAUUGUAGGUUUAUGUAUUGCAAGUCGAAGAAGUUGGGAUGAUGCUGUAGCAAAAUUUAAUACAUCACGUAUUCUCACUCCAACAGUAUCUGUCGAAGAAACUAUUCGAAGUCAAGUUCAAACAAUAUUUAAUAGUCAAAUCGAUUCGUCUCAAACAGCACUGGCUCAUACUUUGUUUGCCAUUCGUCGUAUGACUAGUGGAGAUCAAAGUGCAUCAGCUUUACAAACAAAUUUUCAUUUACGUAUUUUAUCAUCUGGUUUUAUUCGAAUGACUCCUCGAUUGUUCAAUGAUUGUUCCUGUUUGAAUAUUGAAGGUUGUCCACGUCCUGCUACAUUUAACGAUAGCUAUGGACAUUUAAUCACUAUACCAGGAAUGAUAAUGAAUUGUUUGAUGCUUGAUGCUACACUCGCUUCAACACUUGAAUGUUAUUAUAAUCAAACAUGUCUUUCUCUCUUACAUCAAUCAUUAUCUAUAGAUAUAAAACCAUUAUUAAAUAAUUCACUGAAACAUUUUUCUUCAAAGUCAACAGUAGAAACACUUUUAAAUGAAUUAAUGAUUGAUAAAAUGAUAAUUAAUACUGAUUUUGAUAUACAUUAUUCACAAUGUAAUCCUCCAUAUUGUUCAUAUUCAUAUACACGUCGUUUUAAUAUUGCUUUUAUUAUUACUACAAUCAUGGGUAUAUUUAGUGGCUUAUCAAUUGGCAUAAAAUUGUUUGCACCUUUCAUUGCCAAAAUUAUACUACGUCGAAAAAAUCGUGUUGUACCAGUUGAAAAUGUACCACAGAUACACUUAUCAUGGCAGCAUCGAUUUAAUACAAUACGGGAUCGCAUUCGACUUGUACCACAGUCUAUUAAAGAAAAAGCCGUUUCUUUAAAUCUUUUUGAAAGUUCCAAACCGCGUACUCCUACUAAUAUAUAUCGUGAACGACUUUUAACACGACUCUUUAUUGUUCUCAUCACUAUUUCUUCUAUUGGUGUUGGAUUCUACGUAUUUCUCAUUAAACAAAAUCAAUUAGUAACAAUUGCUGAUCCAUCUGUUACUACCUAUGAACAAUUAUAUAAUGAUCAUCCAACUACAUUACAAUGUCCUUGUUCAAACAUAUCUGUUCCAUAUGAAGCGUUUCUUAAUGUCACAUUUACUUUACAUCAAGUAUGUUCAAGUGACUUAAUCUCACCAGCAUGGUUACACUAUUUGAUAUUAUUCGAUCCAACACUUUUACCAGAAUGGCCAUUGGACAGUUGGUCUACCCGAGACUUUCGGAUAAUGGGUGCUUCUUAUUUUCAACUUUUAGCUGCUUUCUGUUCUAUGGCUAAGAUUAAUAUUGACGACGCACAACGUGUAUUCAAUAAUACUAAAUUCAUAAAUGAUCGUGUUAUUGCUCCAUCAAUUUUUCGUCAAAAAACUCAAGCAAUAAUGGAUUCAUUUAUUACCACAACACGCAACAAUUUUGUACGUACAUUUGAUUGGAUUAAUGUUGCACUUAUUGCUAGUCAGUUUUUUAAUGGAGGAAACGUUAAAUUUGAUAUUGCUUUAACCAUUGAUGAUCAACUUGUUAUCGAAUUCACUAAUUAUCAAAUAUAUACCGUUUUUGCAGAGACAAACGUUGCUUCUAAUGACAUGUGUAAAUGUUCAGUGAACUACAACGUCUGCUUUAUUAUACCUCUAUUAUAUAUAAAUGCAUCAUAUUUUGGUAAAUUUCCAAUACCUUCUUUUUUUAAAAUGGUAGAUAUCGGUUGCACACCAUUAACUGGAUUUCGAAAUUCGAAGAUUGGAUGGUGGUAUAACAUUACAUAUCUAGAAUACAUUAAAGAAACUUAUUCAAUCGUUAUUAAGUCUCAGCCACCGCCAAAUAUAAAAUCUCUCAAUGCAUCAAUACUCACUCGAUUUGAGAAUGAAAGAAUGCUCAAUUUGAUUGAUGAAAUGUUGUUAGAAACAAUAAUAAGUAAUAACACCCAUUUUGACCAAUUCUAUAAUGAAUGUUUACCUCUAUCUUGCACAUACACAGAUAAACAACGUCGCGGAAUUCUAGCAUCAUUACUUCUUCUUGUUGCUAUAUGUGGUGGUCUUAACAAAAAUUUUCGAAUACUUAUACCAUUGUUUGGUAAACUUAUUUUCUCUUGUAUUGAUUGGUGGAAAAGACGUCAUACUCGACGAGAUCAUCCUUCAGAUGAUAUUACUUGUCCCUGCACACAUAUAUCAAUUCCUUAUGAUAACUUUAUCAAUGAAUUACAAGUCAACGCAUUUCAUGAAGCAUGCACAACAGAUGCAAUUGAUUUAAUUUUGACAGCUGGAACGUCGGAUUUACUUGAUUACGAUAUCCCUUAUGGGAAUGAUUUUAAAGUAUGGAAGCUCUACUUUAUCGAUUCUUUACAAUUACUUUGUUCAUUGGCACAAAAAAGUGUUGAAAACAGUAUUAAUGUUUUUCUCUCUUCGACUAUGUUAAUCAAUCAAUUAGAAUCUCGUGAACGAUUUAAGAACGAAAUAAAUGAUACCAUAAAUCAAUUUCAAAAAAGAGUACCAAUCAGUUUUGCUCAAACAUUAGAUCUUAUUCGUAUGACUACGCAAGGAAAUGCUCUAUUAUCAAUGUUUUUAUCGAAUUGGAAUCUAAGCAGAGCUGGAGUAGACGAAGAAAGAAAUACUUCAUUUGUUACUAUACCUAUCAUUCAUAACAAUACAGACCAAAAUACAAGUUGUUCUUGUGCUACUUUACAAACUUGCACAAUGCCAGUGAAUUUAUCUAAUUCUAAAGGAACGAUGAUCAUUGAUGGCAUGGUAUUUGGCUGCAAUUUAUUGGAGACAGUAUUGCUUUCAUCAUUAUCUUGUUUCUAUUCUGAAACUUGCAUUAUUAAUCUACGAAAUUUACUAGAUGCAAUUCCUCCUACUUCACAACGAUUAAACGAUUCGUUGACACGGUUCAGUGUCAAUGAUACAAUCGAGACAAUGGCAUAUCUAAUGUUUAUCGAAUCAUGGACAAGCAAUGUAUCUUAUGAAAAUUUUUACGAAAGUUGUUCUCCAAAUUAUUGUGCCUAUACAUACCGUUCUCGAUUCGAUGUACUUGAAAUGUUAACUACAUUUUUGAGUGUAUUUGCUGGUUUGUCUUUUGGAAUUCGAUUCGUUGUUCCUUAUCUUGUGAAAAUAUUUCAAAAGAUCAAACGUCGAUUUCGUAUCGUACCAACGCAAUGA